AUGGCGCUGUCAACUGGUGAGACUGCUUAUUUUACAGUGCAUGACAUUGAUCAAAUCUCAGACGACAGCUGCUACACCACCGAAUGCCUGUACCAGGCGCAGUGUGAUCCAGGCUAUUACGCUGUGGAGAAUAACCCCUGCUACAGCGACGAUGUCUUUCCGGCCUGGCGUGAGCUUCACUGCUGUCGCCAGCAAAGGAACAUAAACGGAUACCUGCGAGGCUUUGAGGCAACUCAUGGGAUCAUCGACGGCAAGCUCUUCUAUGCUUCCUGCUGUGCAACGUGCUAUCCUGGUGAGGUUAUCGUCGGCUGUCAUGCCUACUUUGCUGGGGUCUGCCAGACCUGUGCGGCUGGCAGGUUCAAUCCGACUGGAAGCCCUGGAAGCAGUUGUGAGGAAUGCCAGCCCUGUGAAGCGGGCAAGAUUCGCCGCGGCUGUGGUCCAGCAACAGCCGGGCUGUGUGUGGAAUGUGAAGCUGGCAGCGAGUUCAAGACCAUAGGGCUAGAAGGUGCUUGGACAGACACGUGCCAGGCAUGUGAGAGCUGUCCAAGAGGGCACGUGCGCGUCGGCUGUGGCGGGGCUGAUCCGGGUUAUUGCUCACCCUGCGUCGGGGGCAGCUUCUUUGCGGCGCCCUUCUGUCGCACCUGCUUCACGUGUAUCCAGGGCGAGCGCCGGGGCUGUGGUGGGCAGCAGAUUGGUGUGUGCACAGAUUGCAGGUCGGGCCGCUACGAGGUGGCCAAUACCGAGGGCGCAUGUUUGGACUGCGAAACGUGCUCGGAAGAUGAAGCAGAGAUGAGCGCGGACGGCUUCCAAGUGUCCGGUCCGUGGGUUCGUGUGGGAUGCGGGGCUGCUGCCACCGGCAAGUGCGUGCGUAUGGCAGCCCAGCUGAACUUGGAGGGCGUCACCAGAUGUCCAACCGCAGCUGACCCGGAAGCACUCUGCGAGGGUGCAUCCGUGUCGGCCCGGUGGACAAUGCAUGGCUUGUCUCUGUGGCAACUAGAUGCAGAAUACGGAAAUUGUACCGCCGAGGCGAGCCUCUGUCUCUCCGGAUUCUGGCGGGUAGCGCUGUACCGACGCGAGAUCGACAACUUCGCCGGCGCAGAGGUGGCCGAGCUCGGGGACUGGUUCUCCGCGGAGCUGGAGCAGGAGUCUUCUCUGGAUGCUCCCAACGCUGUGCUCAUGAAGAGAGGGCUCCAGCUGCCUAGCGGCCUGCCCGAGGCUUCCGGCUACUUCCUGAGGGUGUUCUUCUUCGAUGCCGGCGGGAGCUGCUGCGCGGGGACGUCCGUGGCUCCGCUCUUCGCCGACUCGGAGGACCUCAGCCUGGCCGGCCACCUCCUGGACGUGCAGGCUGCGGUGGAUGUGGCUGCGGAGGACAUCUCCUCCGGCAGCUGGCAGGCUGCACAUACUUUGCUGAGUGACACCUGUGCAUCGCACACUGGUGACAUCGAGGGGACCUGGGAAGCAUGCGAACGGAGCAAGGCACUGCAACUGGGCUUGCCUGCUGGUCAGCGCAGCUUGCUGCCUUUUGCGUUGCUGCACUCCUCCGGCAGUGCCGACAUCGCCGCGCUGGGCGCCGCCUUCCCCGUCAAGGAAGCUGGCGAGCGGCUUCUGGACAUGGAGCAGAUCCACGAGGUGAUGGUGCAGCUGAUUCCGCCCAAUCUGACCGUGUGGCGGUCCCUUGUUCAGCCCUUGUUUGCUGCACCGGAGCGCCUGCUCUCGAACAGCACUUCCAACGGGACUGGGCCCAGUUCCCCAAACGCCACUGAAGAGCCCUCGGGUGAGGCGAAUGAAAGCCAUGGCAACGCAAGCAGCAAUGCAAGUGCUGCCAGCGGAAGCAAUGCGAGCAACAGCAGCAACGCGACCGCGGAGAGUGGCACCACGAGUACCACGAGCACGACCGCGGGCCCAGUGUUGCUGGACUUCACGGAGGAGAGUGCCGAGGCCUUGCUGGAACAGCUGAAGCGUGAAGCCCUUCAGGCAGCAGCGGGGGCCGAGGCUUUGAGGGCUCAGUGGCAGUCCGAGGUGUCGAGCUGUGUGCAGCUCUUGGCUCCUAAGCUGCGGGAGUUGCAGGAGAUCGACAAGCUCCUGGGUGAAAGCGCCGAGGCUGCCGGCUUCAGCGUCGUCCGGAUGGCGCAGGCAGUAACUUGGAAGCUCCGAAAGGAGCUCCAAGACUUGGUCAAUGCUACAGACCUUGUGGAGAAGGAGCAGAAGAGCAUCGAUGUGUUACAGAGGAUCGGCUCAAUGGCUUUGAUGAUGUUGGGGACAUGGGGCCAGUCCUGGUAUCAUGGCCUUGAGUGGCGGUUGCUCGUGCAGGUGGAUUCGGCAGCCUGGCCGCCUAGCAUGAUGCCCCCUCUGGGAGGCGGCUUAUCAAUGCCAGGGGCCGUGCCGAUCGCCGACACACGCCAGCGAGUCUGGGAGCCCUUCCUGGAGGUGGCCGAGAGCUGGUUCUCCUUCGCAGAGGAGCUUCGACUGGAGCUGGAGAACCAAACAGACUUCGGAACCUCGGCGCUGAGUCGCCUCUUGCCGAUCAUGCAUGGAGCUGUUGACCAAGUCGCAGCCUUCACGGAGGAGGUGUUGGAACCCUAUGCCCGGGAGGGUUCCAUGCUCUUCGCGGGGCCUUUGCCAAAUAUAUCUCAGCCAGCAAGCUGUGGCAACCGUGGUUGGUGCCUGUCCUUUGUGGCACGACAGGUCUCGGAAGAGUUGGCGCUCGAGGAUGCUUGGGACGGUUUUGGUCCGCAAGCAGUGCGUCCGUGGAUUGAUCCUCGCGUCGAGGACUUGCGGCUGAAGAGAGCCUCCACUGAGAUCCUACAGAUGGCCUGGGGCAGAAUACGGAUUUUCGAGGAGCUGCUGCUGCAAGUGAUAGACGUGCGGGACAUACAGAAGGAGCCAAGCAUUUCUGCAGCGGCAUCUGCCCAGUCAACACACAUUGCAGCGCACAUCGAUGUGAUCUUGCAGUGGUCCAAGUGGUCCAACAUGAGUAGUUCGGCAGGUAGUGACCGACCCGAAGCAGCCUGGCACUGGCACGAGCUCCGCAAGCUGCGCUCAGCACUGGACCUGAGCCGUCGCUCGGCGGCCUUGUUGGCGCGGCGUCGCCUGAGUCGCUUGGAGCUUCUGACUGCUUGGGUUUCGGGACAGCGUGACGACGGCUACAGCACCGGCCCAGCGACAUGGAGUUGGCGCCAGCCUUGGUCCCCUUGGAGCCUGCAUUCUGCUGGUAGUCCGGCUAUGGCUCUUUUCGAUGCCUCGGCUGCAGCCGCCGCAAAGCUUGAGGCUGCCAUCGGUGACCAGGAGUUGCAUGCCGCCACGCGCGCACAGGCAUACCUCAGAAUUGACAUUAGCUCCGAUCUGCAUCCGGUCGCUUAUGCUGGAUUGGUUCAAACAGGAAGUGCGAUGCUGCGACUUAUGGCGCCGGCAGGGCGGGAUCACAUGAUGAUGCAUUCGGACGCCAAGGCCUUCUUGAUUUCACUGCCAGCAUCACAGCUUCCAGAUCCGUUACAAGCUGGGGCAGAAACCGGCGAAGCUCCUUCUGGAGCUUUUCCGCAGCCCCACGUGGAGCUCCGGUUGAAGAGGUUGUCAGGUGCCUUUGAUGCAGCGGACACCUCCGUAGAGCCUCCCCAGGAAGGAACCCUUCCUUUCGUGACGCGGCAUGACCGUGGCACUUGCAUGCCACUGGCACAAAUUCAAGCUGAGAAAGCACCCGAGAUAGUUCCGGCUGCUUUGCUGCCGUUGGACGGCUUUUGGGUUCUGACUGCCCGAGAUGGGACGACAGCAAGGUUGCUUCAGAUCGAUGAGGGCACGGUGCUUCGCCUCUUGUUCGAGAUUGAUGUUCCCGACGGCACUCCACCAUGGCCGCUGUUGUCGGACACUCGGGACGUCUUGUACAAACUGCCGGAAGAUGGGCUGUGCAGCGGUCUGCGACCAAUCUUCGGCUCAGCACCAGAGACAUCAACUUUCCCUCCUACGACCCGCACCACCCUCCACACACAGACCGCUACCACCAUCCCCCUCAUUCCAACCACCAGCCGCCAGGGUGUUAUAAUUGUCGAAGAGGAGGAGGACCUUGUCUUGGCGCCAAAGCGCUCCACUUCCUUAGCACCGGGAGCGGCUCCUGAGCCUUGGACUCCUCCGAUUUGGUUCUAUGCCGUUCUCUUCUUACUGGUGCUUGGUGCCAUGGUGUUGGCCGUCCGGUGGACUUUCAAGUACCAGCGCCGGCGCAUCCAGAACGCGGGGAAGAUUGUACCCGAGGCCUUGCAGGAGGAGGGGAAGGUGCCGGUCGAAGAGGGCACCUCGCAGGCAACACAGGAGGCUGCACCCACCAUCUUGACAAAGGAUGGUAGUGCAUUGCGCGAAGCCGCGGCCGUCAAAGCCUCAGAAAACCCUUACUUGGCCAUGGCCAAAAAGUCGCCGAAAAAGAUGGCAUCCCGGAAGAGUGGCUCGUGGGAGAUAUCGGACACACCCCGAGAGGAUGAUCCCAAGAACGAGGAUGAGGACAACAAGUCCUGGUCUGAAGCAUCCACCCCGGAGGGCUCAGAUGCAGAGGAGGGCGGCUCCAGCAGCCACAGCAGCCUGCAUUCGCCGUCUUCCAGUUCUGGAGAUUCCUCGUCUGGUCGGAGUCGAUCAGUUAGCCCCCGCACCGCACUUGCAGCCAAGGCGCUCGGAGCGCACGCGCAGAACUUCUCACCCGAUGCCUUGACAGCAGGGGCGCUGCGAGCCCAUGCGCAGGAUUUCUUGCCCGAUGCGAGGGCAGCCCAGGCUUUGGAGGCCCAUGCGAAGAGCUUGGCCUCCUCUUCCACCGGCCCGGCCCCGGCCCCGGCCCUCCCGGUGGUGCCCCCGGCAGAGGUGCGUCUGCAGGGCUCCAAGCACUCCAAGAAUUCAAAGAGCUCGGGGGAGUCCGCCGUCAGAGACGCAGAAGCGCGGCCGGAGGAAGAGAAGGAGGGCGCCGAGGCCAGGGGCGUCCAUGCCGAGGCGGGGGAUUCAUGGAUCCCGGGUGGCAACCUUGGAUUUUGCUUGCGCCUGCAGGUGCAAGGAUGA